AGCAAAUCUGUAGAGAAUAGUCUGUGCAGUUUGUUCAUUGUGAGUGCAUCAGGACACAAGUGCAGAGUUUGAACAGCAGUUGCUGGAUACGGAAAUAUGACAGGUAAAGAAGACUACACUUCACUUGUCCAUGGCCUUGGUAGCCUGGACUUUUCUGGAGACAGCAGACCCUGCCAGCUUCUCCUGACUGGUGACACAGCCUUCCCAGUGCUAGUGACUCCAGCACAACACGUCCUCCUGGCUGCCUCCAAGUAUGGGAAGGGUAAAAUAGUGGUCAUGAGCCAUGAGUCGUAUUUAGACCAACCACAAUUCAUGGAUUUUCUGAAGAACGCUAUAUCCUGGCUGAAACCAUCUUUGGAAGCAGAAAUUGGUGUUAGCAACAAUCUAGAUCACCUAGAGCAGACUCUGUCCUCCUCUGGACACAGGGUAGAAAAAGUUUCCGGUCUGAAGAAUGAUUUAGGGGUGUUCUGUACUACUGGAUAUGAUGACAGCCAGGCAGAAGAUAUUGUCACAUUCUUGAGACAAGGUGGAGGGGUGCUUAUUGGAGCCCAAGCCAUGGACUGGUCUCAAUCUCACCAACAGGAAAAUGUCCUGUGUGAUUUUCCUGGGAACAAAAUAACAUCAGUUGCUGGAGUGUAUUUCACUGACAAAUAUGGAGAGAAGGGGAGCUUCUCUGUUGGUGAGAACAUAUCGUGGAUUCCAAAUUAUCAAGGUAUAGAUUUUUCAGCGGAUCUAGAGCAUCUCAUGCAAGGUGUUAAUGACCUGGACAUCAGUGGAGGAAAUUUGCCCUCAGAACUUCUUCUUCAUGGACCUCUAACAUUUCCAGUUGGGCUCAGCAAAAACAAUCAGUGCUUUUUUGGUGCUGCAUACUACGGCAGAGGACGCAUUGUUGUAGGAACACAUGAAAGCCACCUGGCCAAACAAGAGCUGGAGACCUUCAUUCUCAAUGCUGUUUCUUGGCUAGACAUGGGCAGAAAUGGAGAGAUUGGUGUCAAUAAACUGGGAGAUCUCUUUCAGAUGUUAGAGAAUGAAGGUCUACCUUGUGUAGCUUCUGCCUUAAAUCCUGGUCUCAGUGUGUAUUGCUGCACUUCCUACAAGGAUGCAGAAGCUGAAAAGAUACAUAGGUUUGUGGCAGAAGGUGGAGGCCUGCUUAUAGCUGGCCAUGCCUGGUACUGGUCUUACUCCAACCCAAAUGUCCUUUCCCAGUACCCAGGAAAUAAAAUCCUGAACAAGUUUGGAAUUAGUAUUUUAGCAGGGACAGUCAAACAAGGAGUUUAUAAGGCUUUGGAUCCCAAAGCAGUUGAUAGUACGUACCACUUCCCUAGAGCAAUCUGCGAGCUGCUAAGGGAUUUGAAAAGUGGAGUUGAGAUAAAACCACCUCUCAGCUCUUGGUUUGACAGACUCAGACAAGAUGUCUCAUCAUACAUAAAGCUUCCAGCCAGCCCUCUCGCCUCAUCACUACAGCAAGAACUAGCACAUCUAGUACAAGGGGGUCAUUUACCCCCUGUCAGUAAACAGUGUCCUGUGAAGAAUGGCUCCAAAGAGGCUUUUAUCAUUUGUUUGGCUCAAGAAGUCAGCUGCUUUCAAUGUCUGAGUGACAGUGGAGAAUGUGGCACUGAUUUAUUGUCCCAGCACCCUGUUACAGUACAGAUUGAUGCCACAAAUCCAGGUGGUGAUGCAUGGAGAAGUACCGGACUCUUUCUGCCCCCUGGAAAAACUGUAGUACUCAUGUUUCCAGCAUCAGCUGUUAGAAAAGGUCUUAAGGUCCAGGUUGGCUGUCAGUCAGAUAACUUGAGUGGAGCAAAAGAGUUUUAUCGUCCUCCUGUAGUUAUACAUCAGAAAGAUGUUCAUGGAGAAAAAGUGAAAAUGUCUUGUAUAUGGGGAGGUCUUCUAUAUAUUGUUGUUAAAGGAAAAAGCAAGUUGGGUCUAAUUCCAGUUACAGUGUAUGGUGCAGAACAAGCUCCAACAUUCAUUAAGGGUCAGACUAGCCUCUCUUCGUGGCAGGAAACAAUUCGUAACUAUCCAGCUCCUUGGGCAGAGCUUAUCGGAGAAAACAUUGUUCUUACUGUGCCCUCUGAUGCCAUCCGCUCACUAGAGGAUCCAGAAACUUUGAUGUCACUGUGGGAAGAGAUCAUGGCAGCUGUUGCUGAUCUAGCAGCAAUUCCCAGGAAAUUUUCUCGUCCUGAAAGAGUUGUGAUAGAUGUACAGAUCGCAAUUGGUUUCAUGCAUUCUGGAUACCCAAUAAUGUGUUCGCCAUCAACAGCAAAGACUAUAACCGAUGUCGAGCAAAUAAAAAAGAGUUGCUGGGGCGUUGUACAUGAACUUGGCCACAAUGAGCAGAGAGGCAAUUGGGAACUUCCACCUCAUACCACAGAAGCAACGUGUAACCUCUGGUCAGUAUAUGUACAUGAAACUGUCCUGCAUGUUCCAAGGGAUAAAGCGCAUUAUUCACUAAAUCCAAAAGAGAGGGAAACCAGAAUCCAGAAAUAUUUAAAAAAUGGAGCCAACCUUAAUCAAUGGAAUGUGUGGACUGCUCUGGAGACCUACCUUCAGUUACAAGAAGGCUUCGGAUGGGAUCCCUUCAAAAAACUAUUUGCAGAGUACCAGAAACUAUCAAAUGUCAGUAGAAAUAAUUCGGAUAAGAUGAAUCUCUGGGCGGAGAAGUUCUCUCAUGCUGUUAAUAAGAACUUGGCUCCAUUCUUCAAGUCCUGGGGGUGGCCCAUUGCAGAGAAAAUCAGCCAGAAGUUAUCCACAUUGCCUAUGUGGGAGGAAAAUCCUAUGAAGAAGUACAUCAGUUGUGAAUAAGGGCAUUUACAGCAACCACACUGACCCUGUACCCUAUUGUAAUGAGUGGAAAUAUUAAACCACACUCCUAUAUUGUUUUA